AUGUUUGUCAACAAAGGAAAAGCAACAUUUGAAUUUACAGUUCCCAACAAUGAAGCAAUUGGGGAAAAAAGUGUCUAUACCCCUAUUUUUUCAACGGCUGAUGAUAUGUUUUGGCAACUUGAGUAUCAACCGAGUGAUCCCGAGAAUCCAAAUUGCUGUUUAAUCUUUUUGACUGCUAUUCCAAAUUCUGAAGAAGCUGUCUCAACUCAAUUUUGGUGUGAUCGAGCUAGUAUUUCUGCUUCAUUGUUUAUUAAAAACGCACGAUUUAGUAAAGCUUAUACUAUAACUACUGAUGAUUAUUCUUUGAGAAGUAAAUCAUGGGGAAAAAAUUUUAAUAAGAUAACGGAUGGUUCGUCAGUCAUAAUCGGUGUAACAUUUGAAAAUUCCGUUUUAGAAUCAAAAGGAUAUAAUUCUACUCUUAGUACAAAACCAGAAUCAAAAGAUAUUUUAGAAACAUGGGGUCGCGAAUUAGAUGUUCCAGAAAAAUCCGAUGUUUUAUUUAACGUUAAAGAUGGAAUUGUGUCAAUGGGCGGAAAUGUCAAAUUUACAAAAAUCACAACAGAGGAAAAAAGCACCAUCUGA